CCCGCUUCUCGAAUGGGCGAUUUUAAUACCAGUCAGCUACGUUUCCGAGUCAGAUCACCAGCAAUAUGACGGAGCAGCAAGCAACGGACCUGUCCACUGCGGACGACUACGUUUGUGGGGAAAAUCCCGGCGCACAUGGAAACAUCUACCAGCGGGACCUGGCAUUUGUGCUGUUUGUGCGGGGAACUCUGAUGAAUUACAAGUUCAAGCUGGCCACGGAGAUGACGGUUGCCGGCAAGUUUGACGAUGUUAUCGUGUACGUUAAAGAUCUUGGCGAAACGUGGCUUGUUCAAGCGAAGCAUGCAAUACUGGAUGGGUUGAAUCCGAGGAAGAUUUCUCACCAGGAGCUGUUUCCCACGGAUGACAGGCUUAAGGGGAAAGAUUUCGAUCUGUUUAAGUACAUGAAGUCGUACUUUCGGGUGAAACGUGACGUCAAAGGCAAGAAGCGUUGUUUUAUAUUCACCAACAAAGACCUAGAAGAGUCGACUGGCCUCAGGAAGUGGGCACAGAUGGUUCCUGGAAAUGUGAACGAUAUGAUGGAUUUUUCAAAAUUUGGAGGUUCCUAUCGAACGUUCAAGCUGGAGGGGGGAAAAGUUUCCCACAUACUAGUUAUUAUGAACCAAGAAUUAAACAAAAUUAAACUUGCUUUAGUAGAGCUGUUUCAAUGCGGACAGGUUGAAAGAGUGUUGACUGACUUCAAGACACCAUUGGCCGAAGUAUUGACUGUUAAGGAUGGCGUUCUACGGUUCACCGAGGGCUUCCUAAGCACGGACUCUGAUCUGAAGAAGGUUCUUCUGGAAUCAAAUCCAAGCAUCAGGGAGUUGAGAAGGGAUGCUGACCAAGCGAUAAGAGAAUUGCUUGAUGGUAGAAACAGCAGAAACAGGGAUUUUCCAGCGCUAAUGACUGAAGGUGAUGUGAACGAGUUUUUCGAGAGUCUAACCUUGUGUUUGAACCAACCGAAUGAGCUUAGAAAAAUUGUCGACUGUGAUCUGCGCUUGUGGUUGAAGGAUUGGGUGCGUCCCGAUGAGCUUGGGAAGUUUGGUGAUAGUCAGCUGAUGCUGACUGGAACAAAGUUCGAUGUCGUUUUCAAAAGCUGGGACGAGCCAAGCAUGACUGGUGUGGUGGGAAGAAGGGAACGGAAGCCUUUUCUAUGCUCCAGCGAAGGAGCCAAAUGUUUCGAUGAGGCAACCAAGGAACUGCAACAAAGUACGACGAAAAUCCCGGAGGUGUUGAGACGCUACUACGUUAACCGAGAGAUAGUUUACGAUCGAGCUGGGGUGUUGUCUACGAUCAGUGAUACGAACAUGGCAAAGCAACUGACAAGGGAUUUUGGCCAGGAUAAAUGUCUCAUUCUGAUAGCUGAACCCGGUAUGGGCAAAACGACUGUCCUCCAGUACAUGUCUUUCGAAUCACAGAAACAGUCCAGCACGGUGCCGACGUAUCUAAUAUAUUUGAACGGCCUUAAAGAUAAACUGCAGGAAACGGGUGAUUGCACUAACCUAGACUCAGUACUGGGCAUCUUGGAGGAAGUCCUAUCCAGGCAGAGCUGUUCUAUUAUACAAGAAACUGCACGGGCCAAACAUGAUCACAUGCAGAUUUUGUUUUUCCUGGAUGGGUUUGACGAGGUUCCCUCCUCGCAGAAUGCUAAAGUUAUUGAAAUUUGCCGACAGUUGUUGACGAUGGAACGGGUCAGGAUUAUAAUCAGUGGCCGAAGGCACGUGAGGGACGUUCUGGUGACAUCUCUUGAGGCUGUUAUUACCAGUCUAGUACCGCUGAAGAGUGGCGAGCAAAUGGAUUUUUUGAAAAAGUUUUGGAAUGUCCAAAGCUUCCAGGACUUUGCUAUGCCAAAAUUUCAAAAAUAUGCCUCACUCUUGCUGGAAAAGUUUCACAAGAAUAUCAAACGCUCUGAGUACGACUUUACUGGAUUGCCUCUGAUGGUGAGAUUGUUGGCUGAAAUCUACACCGACCAUUUCGAACGGUUCAUGCAGACGGACGACACCGACGACAGCGAUUUGGCAGUGUUUGAAAGUGGGACAUUCAGUGUGGUUGUAUUGUUUGAACAAUUCGUUAGGAAGUCGUUUUGCAUGAAGAUGUUGAAGAAGUUUAACCUGAAUGCCUACUCAAAGCAUGACCCAUUCGAUGACGAGUUGGAGCCAGUGUUCCGGCAAACUGUUUUCGAACAUCAAUUGGCAGCCAUCAAAGAGCUUAACAUUUCCGAGCUUCAGGGUGACCUUACAGAGCAUUCGAAGGCCUACGAAGUGUUCAUGAAGCGAAUCGAAGAUGGAAAGGAAAAGUCCCUCUUGAUCAAUGUAUCAGGAGUAAGGGUUCAGUUUUUGCACUUGUCCUUUGGGGAAUACUUCAUUGCGAGGUAUUUGUAUGACAAUGCUAAUCGUUCCGAACAGCAUUUAUUGCCCAUUCUAGAGAAAAGGGAAGUCGUUCGAAGGUUCUUCCUUAUGUUUGUCGAAGAAAAUCUUGACGCAAGUUCAGAACCUUUUAAAAUUUUGGACAACAUUUGCAAUGCAAACCAAAUAGUUGCAUUCUGGGCAAGUGAAGCAGUAUGUGAAGGCAUGGUUCAAAACUUGCUGACAAAUAAUGACUUCCGGAGUACGCGCUUCGAACAAUAUGGCUCAUUGCUGCAUGUAUCAGCGAGUGUUGGUUCUGAAAAACUAACUGACGUCUUGAUUCAUAAACAUGGUAUGGAAGUCAACUGCUUAUCCAACGAAGACACCAACCCUUUCGAUGAAUUUAGCGGAGAUUCAAGUACUUUCCAAGAACAGCUUGAAAUCACAAGUCAACUGACACCGCUUCAUUUGGCCACCAGUCAUGGCCACAAGAAUGUUGCUGAACUUCUACUAGCCUAUUCUGCCGAUGUGAAUGCCCGAAACACUAGAUUACUCACUCCGCUGCAUUUGGCUGCCCAACGUGGUUUUGUGGAUAUCGGGCAAAUGCUUAUCGAUCACCAGGCAGACGUUAACGCUCAGGAUGAAUACAAACGAACAUCACUUCACUUGGCGGCUCGUUUCGGUCACAUGUCCAUUGUAGUCCAGCUAACAACUCAUGCAGCCGAUUUAAAUGCUCAGGACUACGCUGGAAUUACACCAUUGCACUUGGCAAUUGCAAACGGCCACGUAGAAAUUGUAAAACAUCUCAUCGUUGACGGACUAGUGGACGUUACCUUGCCCAACAAAGCAGGAACUGCUCCUCUGCAUGUGGCCGCCGAGAGCGGCCAAACCGUCACAGUACAGUUGCUAUUGAAUCGACAAGUCGAUGCGGGUGUAAAAAAUUAUAGUGGCUAUACACCUCUUCACCUGGCAGCUCAGAAAGGCCAUGCAGAUAUUGUAAGGCUACUUGUGGAACGGGCAUCCGCCGAUGCAAACGCUUUGGCCGGUACGGAAACACCCCUGUCCUUGGCAGCUUCAGCCGGGUGUACAGAGAUCGUUCGGUAUUUUAUCAAUCACUUAGCCGAGGUAAAUUCGCUGGAUAAACAUGUUGCCAAAGCAUUUUGGGUGGCUGUUCAAUCAGGUCAUACAGACAUUUUCAAACUACUAUUGAAUCAAUCAGCGGAUGUGAACGCUAAACAAGAGACUUUAGAAAUAACUCCACUUCAUAUCGCAGCUUCUCAUGGGUUUAUAGAUAUCGUGGAAGUGCUGCUCGACCAUUCAGCAGAGGUCGACGCCAGGGAUAUGGAUGAUGCAACGCCACUCAUGUUGGCGUCCGAUCAAGGUCACAAUGAAGUUGUGAAGCUUCUGCUGAAGCGAUCGGCCAAACCGAACGCCCAGAAAUCGAACAAAUGGACAUCCCUUCACUUUGCGUGCUAUAGAAAUCAUCAAGAAGUUGUGGGUGCACUUCUGGAUGGGAUGGCCGAUGUCGAUGCCAGGAAUGAGGAAGAAUGGACCCCCCUCCACUGGGCAGCCCGUUAUGCACAUUUGGAAAUUGCUGAACUACUUCUCGAUCGGUCUGCCUCGAUCAACGUCCAGCAGAAAGACAAAGACACCCCUCUUCACCUGGCAAUUCGCUACGAUCAGACUAUGGAAGUUGUCCGGUUACUUGUCAAACGCUCAGCGGAUCUGAACAUCCGGAAUAAAAAGCUCCGGACACCACUGCACAUGGCAGCUCAUUUCGAUCGCAAAGGCAUAGUGAACAUAUUGAUUAAUGCAGAAAACCUUAACUCCCAGGACAGCAAUGGCUGUACACCGCUUCACUUGGCCGUGGAGAAAGGUGCCGAUGAAGUUGUGAAAGCACUGAUACACCACACAGCAAACGUACUAAUUCAGCAGGCAAAAGAUAAAUGGACACCACUGCACCUGGCGGCCCGCCAUGGCCGUUCAGAAAUAGCCAAACUACUGAUAGAUGCCAGCGCCGAUGCAAUCGAAGCACGGGAUAAGGAUAAUAGUACAGCUCUUCACUUGGCAGCUCGCUAUGGCCAUGUGGACACAGUGCGGUUGUUGAUCGAUCAUUCAGCAGACGUAACCGCUCGACAGAUAAAUGGGAAAACACCUCUCGACUUGGCAACUAAAUAUCGCUGUAAGAGCGUCAUUAGCGUGUUGAAUGGUCAGUCUCGGAUCUUGGCAGCAUGA